AUGGGUAUCAAACAGCUCUUCCAGAUUGUCAAGGAGGAGGCACCCGAUGCCGUCAAGGAGGGGGAGAUCAAGAACCAGUUUGGCCGGAAAGUAGCAAUUCUAACACGGUCACAGGAUGCAUCUAUGAGCAUCUACUCGUUCCUGAUUGCCGUGCGUUCCGACGGCCAGAUGCUGAUGAGCGAGGCCGGCGAGACCACAUCGCAUCUCAUGGGCAUGUUCUACCGCACACUGCGCAUGGUCGACAACGGCAUCAAGCCACUCUACGUUUUUGACGGCGCGCCGCCCAAGCUCAAGUCCGGCGAGCUCGCGCGCCGUUACAUGCGCAAACAAGAAGCCACCGAGGGCCUGGAGGAAGCCAAGGAGACGGGCACAGCCGAAGACAUUGAGAAGUUCUCGCGCCGCACCGUCCGCGUCACCCGCGAGCACAACGAGGAGUGCCAGCGCCUGCUGAAGCUGAUGGGCGUGCCGUUCCUCGUGGCGCCCACCGAGGCCGAGGCCCAAUGCGCCGAGCUGGCCCGCGCUGGCAAGGUGUACGCCGCCGCCAGCGAGGACAUGGACACGCUGUGCUUCAACACGCCCAUUCUGCUGCGCCACCUGACGUUCAGCGAGCAGCGCAAAGAGCCGAUCCAGGAGAUUCACCUCGACAAGGUCAUGCAGGGGCUCGGCAUGGAGCGCCCGCAAUUUGUCGACCUGUGCAUUCUGCUGGGCUGCGACUACCUCGACCCCAUCCCCAAGGUCGGCCCGCACACGGCCCUCAAGCUCAUUCGCGAGCACGGCUCGCUCGAGAACGUCGUCGCGUUCAUGAAGUCGGACAAGAAGCAAAAAUUCGUCAUCCCCGAGGACUGGCCCUACGAGGACGCGCGCGAGCUCUUCUUCAAGCCCGACGUGCGCGCCGCCGACGACCCGCUGUGCGACUUCAAGUGGGACCGCCCGGACAUCCCCGGCCUCGUGCAGUUCCUGGUCAACGAAAAGGGCUUCUCGGAAGACCGUGUGCGGUCGGGCGCGGCGCGUCUCGAGAAGAACCUAAAGGGCACGCAGCAGCAGCGCCUCGAGGGGUUCUUCAAGGUGGUGCCCAAGACGGAGGCGGAGGUCAAGGCGCAGAAGCGCAAGCUGGACGAGAAAAACGAGGAGAAGAAGAAGCGGCUCAAGGAGGAAAAGAAGGACAAGGCCAAGGCCAAGGCAAAACCCCGGGGCGGUGCGUAA